AUGAUCUACUAUCUAAUAACCAAAAUGAUUGAAACUCAAAGUAGAGGUAAAGAAACUCAAGGAGGACAAGUUGGUUCUGGAAAGGUUGAUAGUGGUCCAGUUAUGUUCUUAAGCCAGAUUUGCGAUGGAUUGGAGAAAUCACGUGCCAUCUAUACCGUCUGUGAAUUGGAUGUUGCCAACCAACUAGAAAACAAACCAGAGCCAGUUGACAAGUUAGCCAAAGAAAUUGGCUGUUGUCCUGACUCUUUGUAUCGUUUGAUGCGUGCUCUCACUACCCUGGAGAUCUUUAAAGAGACAGAUGACCGUGUUUUCCAACAUACCGAACUCUCUGAGAAGCUUCGUGAUCAGCGAUAUCGUGACUUGGUUUUGUUGCAUGGUGGCCCACUCUCUUUCAACAGUUGGAGAGACCUGACUUCGACCAUUCGCAAUGGAAAAUCGGACUCCAACAAACUCUUUGGAAAGCCAUCGGUAUGGGAGUACUUCAAGGAGCAUCGCGAUGAAGAGAAAAUCUACAACACCGCAAUGACCACCUAUACCAACUGCUUGGCAUCCAAUAUCGUUGGAAUUGGUGACUUUUCCAAGUGUGAGACCAUCUGUGAUAUCGGAGGAGGACAAGGCGCAUUCUUGACUCAUAUUCUCAAGUCCAACAAGAAUAUCAAGAAUGCAAUCAAUUUCGAGCAGCACUGCACUGUCGAGUGCAAUAAGCAAGGAGGUUGUCCAGAGCGUGACCAAAGAAUCAAAGACCAUCCAGGUGACUUCUUUACCGACAAGAUUCCAGAGGCUGACAUCUACAUUAUGAAAUCGAUUCUUCACAAUUGGACUGACGAUCAAGCUGUUAAGGUCCUCAAGAAUGUCGCUAACUCAAUGAAGCAAGGAUCGAAGCUCUAUGUGUAUGACAUUGUACUUGGCAACGAGAAAAAUGAGCAACAAGGUGUCGGCGUAUGGCUUGACAUCAAGAUGUUCCAAUUGAUGAAUGGCAGAGAGAGAAGCCUCAAAGAGUUUGAAAAGAUUGCAAGAGAAGCCGGUGUCAAGAUUGGUAACGUUCAAAAGACUCCACAAUCAUUCAGCCCAUCACUCAUUGAGUUCCAAAAGGCUUAG